AUGCAAAGGAUGAUGCGAAUCUUGCUGUAUCUCUUCUGCCUGAUAGGCACAUCUUGGGCUGCUCUGCUGCGCAAACCCCGCAAGGCAGGAUUUGGAAGUAAGAGUGAAGAAAUGAUGCAGUUUGGUCCAUAUGGCUACCUAAACUCACCACAAUUGACUCAGUUGGCAGCUUCCUUAUAUGGCUAUCGCUCAGGUUUCCCACAGAUGGUCCCUCAGCAGCCUGCAUUUAAUCUGCAGAGGUUUUACCUCUGGCAGCAACAGAUGCCAGGACACCAAGCUGCUAAGCUGCCCCAGCAGAAGCCUCAACAAAAUCCAGUGCCCAGGAAACCAAAUACCAGGCUGCCACCAAAGCCACGGUUGACACUACAACAACCACAACCCAAAAUACCACAGCCACAACCCAGGAUACCACAGGCACAAUCCAAAAUACAGCUGCCACCAAAACAGCCUCAAACUCCUACCUAUCCUUUCCAGCCUCAUCCUCAUGUGCCUGUUCAGCAACCUAAAGGGGAGAAGCAGCAACAGACACAGGGAUUUCCUCCACAUCAGCAACAGCCCUGGCAUAUUCCACAGAUUUUUGGUCAUGGAGGCUUCCAGCCACAACUGUUCAGCCCAUAUCAACGACGUAUGCCAUUUGGACGGCCACCUGUUAGCAAUGAAGAAGGGACUCCCUAUUUUGGAUAUGGCUAUCAAGGGAUGGGAGGACGGCCGCCAUAUUAUUCUGAAGAGAUGUUUGAACAAGACAUUGAGGAACCCGUAGAAAAAGAAGCACCCAAAGAGAGCCCAGCAACUGACCCAGUAACCAACUCAACUGUUUCAGACACAAAUUCAACCAUCUCUAAUCCAGCCGGCCAAGUGGGGAAUGACACCAUUUCUGGACUUGGUGGAAAAGUCACUGGAUCCAGUUCUCCAAGUCUUCAGAACAAACUGGUUAGUGGAAAUAGGGCCUCAACACCUUUGCCUACUUCUACUCAUAUGUUAGAAGGAAAUGGAGUGGCACAGAACAUCCUUGAACAAUCAAGCCAUAGGUCUAGAUCUCCUAAUGGUCAUGUCAUUCAAAGUUUUCCUUCAAGUAGUCAACACUCCACAAUGCAAGUUUCUAAUAUCUAUAAACCUCUUGAACCUAUGGGAGAUACAAAGCACAACACUCUGAUUUCUAGAGGAAAUCCCUCAAUACACGCUGAAGACCCAGCAUAUCUGUUAAAUUAUGGCAGGAACCCUAAUCGCAGAGAUAAUCUCCCGAAUAUAAACAGCAACCAUCCCUCAGCAAACACCAGAAAUAUCCCAUAUGGGCAACAAGAGCAACCUCAUUACCAUGAAAGAAAUUCAUUAAGCCAAAGAGAAAGAGUCUCUUUUCCUAGCUCUGAUACUGUGCACCAGUGGAGUAAAGAGCCAGUCUACAGAGAUAAUGGUCCCAAAAAUUUCCCACCCAAAAGCCAUUCCCUGGAUCCACAGUUUAAGACAUUGAGAGAAUCUGAUAAUACCUACAAUGCAAGAGAAGACAUCGAAAGUUUCCAGCCUCCUGGAAUGCACAAAUCAAAUACAUUUUCCCAUCAGGGACUAAUUUCAGCCACAGGAAGAACUCCAUUUGAAAUAGAAACCCAUCAGUAUGAUUGGAAAGAGCAGCCCUUUAACCAUCCAGAUCAGAAAAGAGAACAAUUUCUACCUGAACAGAACCCUAUGUGGAAUAACCAGGAGGGUUCACAGGUAUUCCAAGAAGCCCCUCCAAGAUACAACUCAGUUUAUUCAUCUGAUUAUUUUAAUCAGAGAGGGUUGCCCACACACUUGGAGAAAAAUUCCUAUAGCCAACCUAUCCCUCCCAGAGCAUGGGAGGACAGAGACAGCUCUCCUACAAUCAGUCCAUCAGGCCAAAUGGAAAAUCCAUCAUAUUCCCCAGCUUCACCUUCACAUCAGAUCCAAAGGAACACCUACUACAGAAGAGUGCAGCCGGAAUAUGUACCACAUCCCAGGCAAGAUCCAUGGACUCGUGAACAACAUUUGUUUGAUCGUGACAACCAGUACAGUAAUUCUCCACACAAUCCAACUCAUCACCAUGAAAAUACAAGAUAUAUUAUAGAAAACCCAGCCAGUGAAAUAAGCAAUUUACCAUAUGAGAAAAUUAACCAGUGGACCCAAGAAGAACGCCCUCCAGUUCACAGUGGAGGACACUUGAGGCAAGUAGAAAAUGUCCCGUAUCAGUCCAAAAGUAUGUUUGGACAAAGAGAAAGAAAAUUCCAGAAUGCAGAAUCAAACUUUCCACAACAAAGCAUUGCUGUCCAAGAAGAAGCACAAUAUGCUGAAAGAAACUCAUGGAUUCCCCAAAGGAGAGACCCAUCUGCUCAGAAAGAAACUCCACCCUACAUUAAUAUCUAUUCCACAGACAUCAGAAGAAACCCAACACAUGCUGAAGACACAGGGGGAAUCAUACAUGUGAAUGCACCCAUUUCCAAUGAAAAUGCUCCAGGAAGAAGACAUUAUCUGGACAGAAUGGGAUAUUCAGAUGACUAUCUAACAGAACGCAGAAUGAUGUCCUCACCCUCCAUAGCAAAUCAGUUGUGCUGUGCAGAUGACCCUCCAGUGCCAAGGGAAAACAAACUGGCACCACUAAGAAGUGCUCCACAAUUCAGGCUUGCUUCAUGGGAGCAAAAAGAAAGCUCAAUCUAUCCAGAAGGCAGCCAUGCAAAGUAUGUAAGGCAUGUCCCUUCCCCAGCUGGUAUUAAGUCUAACCAUCCUCUGAGGAAUGGAAUAAAAGAAGGAGAAGAACUGGGUGCUUUCAGAGUGGAAAAUGCAGAUUUAGAAAAGAGUCCACCAUGCGCUACCUCACAGUUAAGCCAAGACAGCAAACUGGAAGCCAACUUCCAAAAUGGGCACAGGGAACUUGGGAACAUGCCUUGUCAUGGAAGCACCAUCAGAGGGGAUAGACACAAUAUUCUUGCACACCUUGUAGGAACAAGUCAGUCGAAAAGACAGUCUGAAAAGGCAUCUUUAAAGCUCCUUUUUGAAAAAUUCCCACAACCACAAGGGAUCCAAAGUGAAGCUCUUGUUAGUGAGGAUAAUAGAAAAGAACAACAUGCUGCACUGGGAGCCAAGAGGAUCCCAUGCUUUGGAAACUGGUUAAAGCAGUAUUUAUCUAGCACUGGAGCUCCAUCUGGUGAUCGGCAGCCCAAUUCAUUUUAUGGGGAGAGUCUGUUCCCAACCAAAAGACCAAACAGCAUGCCACCUGAACCAGAGCCAAUCUCUAGCACCUAUCCAUCUCAUGAUGCAGGAGAAAAACCUGUGAAAAUCAAUUCUCCAGGAGAAGAAUGGGCAGGACAAGCUGCUCAAAGCACCCCAGACUGCUUACUGCUCCAAAACAAAUGA